AUCGCACCGAGUCCCGCGUCGUAGCAGAUCAAACUCUUCGCUGACAAUGUUGUCAACCGCCUGUGAUCUAUAGUCCGUAAACCCCGAUCCCCCCCACCAGUCCCAAAUUCAGGACCAAAAUCAGAUCUGCAGCGUUCAUAAUCCAACUACGAUCACCAUUCGCUCUCUAGCCGUCAUGAGUUCUCCGGCGAUUUCAGGAGGAACAAGCUUAUUCACUGGAUUUACUAGGCUGUGCAAAGGCCUAGCUGUAGUACUUGUUGGUGGACACAUUAUCCUUCAGAUCCUCCCCUCUUCUGUCGAUUAUCUUGCCCUCAUUCCAGCCAGGACAAUUCCCUUUGCUUGGAACCUGAUUACUGCGGGUUACGUUGAACAAUCGGUGCAUCAGGUGAUCAUCAGCGCAAUUGGUCUCCUUUUUAUUGGGAAGCUGCUCGAACCCAUUUGGGGUUCUAGGGAGUUCUUGAAGUUCAUCUUUGUUGUUAACUUCUUGACGUCUCUCUGUGUUUUUGUUACGGCUAUUUCCUUGUACUACAUAACAAUGCAGGAAAACUACCUUUACAUGCCUAUUUCCGGCUUCCAUGGGGUCCUAUCUGGAUUUUUAGUCGGCAUUAAGCAAAUCAUACCUGAUCAAGAGCUGUCUUUGUUGAAAAUAAAAGCGAAGUGGCUGCCUUCUCUAUCAGUCUUGUUGUCCAUUGUUGUAAGCUUCUUUACAGAAGAGCCAGCAAAAUACCUUCCAACGUUGAUAUUUGGUACAUAUAUGAGCUGGAUUUAUCUUAGAUAUCUGCAGAAGAAUCCAGAAACAAAACAUAGGGGUGAUCCAAGCGAUGAAUUUGCAUUUUCCACAUUCUUCCCUGAAUUCCUAAGACCAGUAAUCGAUCCUAUUGCUUCAAUAUUUCAUCGGAUGCUAUGUGGAAGAACUGCAACUUCGGAUGAGGCAAGGGGUUAUACCUUGGGUGGUGCCCCAUUGCCAGGUUCUCACCCCGUCGAGGCUUCUAGGAGGAGGGAAAGGGGUGCUCGGGCACUGGAAGAAAGAUUAGCUGCUGACUUGUUGGCUACUGGAGGGAAGGAAGAAGAAUUGAAAAAAGAUGCUGUAGAGAAUGUAUGAUCUACUGAUAAUCUUUUAAAUCCAGAUAUUCGUCGGAAAUGUCUCAUACAUGUAGCUAGAGACUUUGUGCACUGUAUGGUGUUGAAUCGCUUUCUGGGUCCUGGAGGACAGUUUUGUCUUGUGGUUUGCCUUGCGGUUAUUUGGACUGUGAUUCAUCUAUGCCAUGGUUCAGCAUAUAAAAGAGUUCAGCAGAAAGUGUUCAUUGAUGUUA